AUGGUGAGUUUGAGGUUCAACUUCAUCACCAAUUCAACCGUUAAGGGAAUAACAUCACUUGAUAGCAAGAACUUCCAUAUCAACGUCCUGGGCUGCAACAACCUCACGUUCCAUAAUAUCAAUAUAAUUGCACCAAAGAAUAGUCCCAACACUGAUGGAAUACACAUCAGUCGAUCAAAUAAGAUCACAAUCACAAAGUUCAAAAUUGCAAUUGGAGAUGAAUGCAUUUCUCUUGGAGAUGGAAGCAAACUAAUUGAAGUCACCAACGUGACAUGCGGGCCAGGACAUGGAAUAAGCAUCGGAAGUCUUGGAAGAUACACUAAUGAAGAACCUGUUGAAGGUGUCACCGUAAAGAACUGCACGCUAAUUAACACCACUAAUGGUGUUAGGAUCAAAACGUGGCCAGCUUCUGCUGCUAGCGGCACCGCCACCAAUAUGCACUUUUUGGACAUUAUAAUGGUCAAUGUUAGCAACCCUAUUCUAAUAGAUCAAGAGUAUUGUCCGUGGAAUCAGUGCAAUCGGCAGAUUCUUUCAAAAAUUAAGAUUCGUAUCGUGAGCUUCAAGAACAUUAGAGGAAGUUCUGCAACUCCGCUGGCAAUCAGACUCAUUUGCAGCCGUUACUUACCAUGUUACGAUGUAAAAGUAAGCAACAUUGACCUCACUUACAAUGGAAUAAAAGGUUCUAUUUCCUCCCAAUGCACCAAUGUGAAACCCAUCAUUUCAGGAAGACAAAACCCCAAGAUAUGCUCCUCUCCUUAUGUUGUCCGAUGA